AUGAGUGCCGAGCGUGAUCAGUCGUCCAAGCGGCGCUGUGUCAGCACAGCCUGCAUUGCCUGUCGCCGCCGGAAAUCCAAGUGCGAUGGGAAUCUGCCCAGUUGUGCCGCUUGCUCCUCGGUCUAUCAGACCGCCUGCGUGUAUGACCCCAACUCCGAUCAUCGCCGCAAAGGCGUGUAUAAAAAAGACACCGAUACGGUGCGAACGCGGAACACCACGCUGCAAACCCUUAUCCAGGCAAUCUUGAACUAUGAAGAAGACGAUGCGUUCGAAUUGGUCCGCCAAAUUCGGGCCUGUGACGAUCUCGAGGACGUCGCGGAGACCAUUAUCGCCCGAGAUAAAGGGCACCUUCCCACUGCCGAGGCGACGACCGCAUCGGGCAACGAAAGUGACCCGGUACCGGCCGAUCAAUUCGAGUCCGAGCUGGCGGGCAAGAUGAGUGAGCUCUUGCUUGACGGUUCUCGGAAGUUCAUCGGAGGUACCUCCAAUCUCAUUUUCCUUCCACCGGGCUCGGAGCUGCACGAAUCCUCAACACCUCCAACUGCCGAGCUUGGUCACGACUAUUCCCCCGUGAAACGAUGGACUCGCGUUACAGAUGACGAGUCCCUGGUCAGCCAUCUCAUGACCAUGUACUUCACGUGGCACUAUCCAUUUUUCACCCUCUUAGCCAAGGACGUGUUCUACCGAGACUAUGUCCGUGGCGUUUCCAGCCAGUACUGUUCCUCGUUGUUGGUCAAUGCCAUGCUAGCGCUUGGCUGCCACUUUAGCUCCUGCCCGGGGGCUCUUGAUGACCCCCAGGAUCUUGCAACCGCAGGCAACCACUUCUUCAGAGAAGCCAAGCGGUUAGUACUGGAGCAUGACGAGCAUGAGAACGCAAAACUCUGCACGGUGCAGGCAUUUGCCCUCAUGUCCGUACGAGAGGCAGGAUGUGGCCGGGAAGGCAAGGGCUGGGUUUACAGCGGCCUAAGUUUCCGGAUGGCUUUCGAUCUUGGCUUGAAUCUGGACGCCUCCAGCCUCGGGGCUGCCCAUGAUCUCACUGAAGAAGAAAUCGAUGCCCGGAGGAUUACUUUUUGGGGCUGCUAUUUGAUUGACAAGUGUUGGUCAAACUACCUUGGCCGCCAGCCUCAGCUGUCCUUGUCCAACGCCAGUGUCCACAAGUUCGAUGUAUUGCCAAGGGAAGAGAUAGAACUGUGGUCGCCUUACACGGAUUCAGGCGUGACUCGCGAUUACACUCAACCCUCUCGCACAAGGGCGGUUGCACUUCAAAUGUCGAAGCUCUGCGAAAUCAGCGGCGAUCUCCUCGUGUUCUUCUACCAUCCAGCAGAUGUGGAGAAGGCACCGCCAAAGCAGCUCGAGCUGAAGAAGCUUAGUGAGGUCCAUACGCGGCUGGAAGCCUGGAAAAAGGAACUACCCCAGGAGCUGGAAGCGAAGGACGGUCAACUUCCGCAGGUGCUUGUGAUGCAUAUGUUUUACCAGCUCCUGUUCAUCCAUCUAUACCGCCCCUUCCUCAAGUAUACCAAGUCCAGCACUCCGCUCCCUGUACAUGUCUCGCCCCGCAAGAUAUGCACCCAGGCCGCUUCUACCAUAUCCAAGCUGCUCCGGAUAUACAAACGCAGCUACGGACUGAGGCAGAUCUGCAACAUUGUCGUCUACAUGGCCCAUACGGCCUGCACCAUCCACAUUCUCAACCUGCCUGACAAGAAUGCCCAGAGAGAUAUCAUCCAUGGUCUCAAGAACCUCGAGGAGAUAGCAGAGGGGUGGCUCUGCGCGCGCCGCACGCUUCGCAUCUUGGACAUCUCCGCCCACAAAUGGCAGGCCGAACUCCCCGCCGAAGCAGUCAGGAUCAUUGAACGCACUCACAGUGCAUGGGGAUCCUGGGGAUCAUGGGACCAGCCAACCUCGCCGUCUAUAUCUGACGAUUCGCCAGCAGUGAAUCCACCCACGAGCCCAAGCAGAUUCAACCCUCCGGUUCCUCUAGACUCUGAAAUUUUCACCCCAGCUGCACCGAGCGGUAUGGCGACGGCCGCAAUACCUUCACAGUACCCCGUCACCACUACCACCACCACCACUACCAUCCCCCCAUCCAUCCAACAAUCCAUACGCGCCUCACAUCAUACUCUAAAUACCCCACUCGAAAGAGCCGACCUCGCGGCCCCGGAACCGACAUACCUGCGUCCCCUGCCACAGGUAGGCUACCAGUUCCCGGCUCUCUCAGCAUCGGGCCCGUCCUCUGCACCACUAGGGAAUCCAAGUGCCUGGUACAGUGCAUAUAUUCACCCUCCAAACACCACUACGACUCCCACCACAUCGACCGCAUCCCCCGCGACUGUGUUUGACGGCGGUACUGAGAACCUGGUCGAGGAGAGCCAGGACUGGUGGUCUCGCAAUGCUGCUACACUGGGUAUUGGCGUGGAGACCUGGGGGGAGGGUUGGGGUAAUGGUCUUGCUGGUCCGCAGCCGCCAUAUACUGGAAACAAUAAUGCCCAUGCCCAUGCCCCUCGCUAG